AUGGAAGAAAAUAGUUUCGCCUUCUUCACCGGCCUUUCCCUAGAGCUUAUCCUGAUGAUAUUUCGCCAACUUGAUUGGCCCGACAUCGCCUCGUUAGCCGUCGUUAACCAAUGGUUCAACAAUGUAAUCGAAAGUCACAUCUUAUAUCAUCCAGAAGAGUUUGGCUAUGCUUUAGCAUACGGUGUUCAAGUCAACAACGUCGCAACUAUACGCAAGGUUCUGCGUUUUGGAGGGAGUUUAGUCCAGGACUUGGGGGAAGCAAGCGCCAUUUGCCCACAAACCGCAACCCCAUUUCUAGCGGCAGACGAAGAAGAUGACUUUAAGCGCAUAAGACGUUCCUGGACGUAUGAUGAGAUUAGUAACACAGCUUUGGGCCUUGCAACCUUUCAAGGCAACGCUGACAUGAUUAGAGAGCUUUUAGAGCUUGGAGCUGAUCCAUAUCAUUAUGCUUCAGUCGAUCGAUUGGGUCCCUGGCAUUAUGUAUUGAAGAAGGCACCGCCACAGACUGCACCUCGUCUUGCCGCAGAGUUCCUUCGAUCAAACAGAAUAGACACAAACAAAAUCCUCCCAGACGGUCUGUUGCCGCUUCACCUAGCUGUGGACAGCCGUCUCAACAGUGUUUUCGAAAUGCUUGUGGAUACGUAUUUUGCAGACAUUAACCUUACGGCUGGGGCAGCCAGCGAGACAGCUUUGUUGAGGGCAGUAUCAAAGCGGCAUACACUUCUCAUCGACUUCCUCCUCCGAGAACCCGGUAUCAAGGUGAAUUGUACAGACCACAAUGGGCAAAGUGCACUUAUACUUGCUGUUAUUCAAGGCAACUCUCGCGUUGUUGAAAGGCUAUUGUCUAAAGGUGUCGAUGCAAACCACAAGGACAAAUGGGGACAGUCGGCGCUCACAUGGGCAGUAAUUCUGAACAUACAGGAAGUCUUAGAGCCUCUCCUGGACGAUUCCAGAGUCGACCUUAAUACUCAAAAUACUUCUGGGAUGACUCCUUUAAGCAUAGCCUCGUGGUACGGAGAUUAUUAUAUGGCGACACAACUGCUUCAAUACCAAGACAUCGAUGUCCAUCUGCAAAAUGAGAAUGGCGAAACUGCUCUGUCUAUCGCCAAAUCUUGGCGUGUUGUCCUCAAGGGUGGUGCUAAUUGGAGUGAACCCCCCAAACCUGGAUUUGUUGCACGAGACGAUAUUGGGCGUAACUCCUACAAAGAGAGUUAUGACGAAAUAGUUGCAAUAAUUAAUAAAUACGUUGGUUAA